GGGCCGCCGUUCUCAAAGCCGCCGGCGGCGCGGCGGGCAGGCGGCAGUGCUUGCGCGGGGUUUGCGCGGCUUUUGCGCGGGGCAGCGCGGGCCGUGCCGGCGGCUGCAGGACCAUGGAGAGCGGCGCGGCGCGGCGUCUGGACGCGGCCGCCUUCCUGGGCGCCUGGCGCCGCUUCGACGCCGACGACAACGGCUACAUCGAAGGGAAGGAGCUUGACAACUUUUUCCAUCAUCUGCUGGAGAAACUGAGGCCAGACGACCCCAUCACAGAAGAAAAAGUUCAGAGGAUGAAGGAGCAGUUCAUGUCUGCCUAUGAUGUCACCACAGAUGGCCGCUUGCAAAUCCAAGAGCUUGCAAAUAUGAUCUUGCCAGAUGAUGAAAACUUCCUGCUGCUUUUCCGACGGGAGACUCCCUUGGACAACAGUGUGGAGUUCAUGCGGAUCUGGCGCAGUUACGAUGCUGAUAGCAGUGGAUUUAUUUCAGCUGGAGAACUCAAAGAUUUCUUGAGAGAUCUCUUCUUGCAGCAUAACAAGGUGGUUACUGAUGCAAAGUUGGAAGAGUAUACUGAUACAAUGAUGAAAAUCUUUGACAAAAACAAGGAUGGACGUCUGGACCUGAAUGACCUGGCAAGGAUUCUGGCCCUCCAGGAAAAUUUCCUUCUUCAGUUUAAAAUGGAUGCUUGCAGCACAGAGGAAAGGAGGAGAGAUUUUGAGAAAAUCUUUGCACACUACGAUGUUAGUAAAACGGGAGCACUUGAAGGCCCAGAAGUGGAUGGAUUUGUCAAAGACAUGAUGGAACUGGUCAAGCCCAGCAUCAGUGGGGUGGACCUGGACAAAUUCCGUCAGAUUCUGCUCAACCACUGCGAUGUGAACAGAGAUGGGAAAAUUCAAAAAUCAGAACUGGCCUUGUGUCUAGGGCUUAAAAUGAACCCAUAGCUGUUGGUGGUGCUCGUGGCUGUGUUUCCCAUGUGAGGUUUGCCUGCUGCUCCUGGUAGAAGUGUGUCCGUGCUGUGCAAGCAGAUGGGUGGUGGGCAGGGGGGGCAUUUGUACGAAGGGGCAGACAGCCUUACCAAUGUUUAUGAAUCUCUUGGAUAUCUCCAGAAGCCACCUGGCCAUGGACCUGGGCACCCUGCUCUGGGUGGUCCUGCUGGAGCAGGAGUGGGGUCUGUAGAGGUCCCUGCCUGCCUCAGUUAUUCUGUGAUUCUGUGACUGUGAAUCUGUGACAAGUGUUGAUGGGUGGUGUUCAAUAGGUGCCACUGCUUGUGGGUCUCUCCAGCAUGGUCUUUGCCCACAGGCACACUAUUUGCUCAGAAAGAGGGCUGCUCACCUUCUCCUACCCCUGUGAAACAGUGCCCUGCCCAUCUCCUAGAGUAGAGACAAGCAUCUCCCAGCGUUGAUGCUCCUGGGCUGCUGCUGCUCUGUGAUUCUGAUGGUUGCCUUCUGUGUGAAGUCAUUACUUUGGUGAAUGUUGAGCUUUGUUUGUGCAGUUGAAA